CCCAUUUAGAAACGCCUUGAAAGAACAAACCAAUCCAGAAUCCAGAGAGGAGAGGAAGACCCACAGAGAGGCGACCGGAGUAGACGGGGGAUUCGGCGGAUCCGCGAGGAAAGAUUCCCUUUCCGUUGCGGUGAGGAAGAACGGUUUCGAUUUUAUAUAUAUUAAUCUUACUAAACUUUCGAGGACAAGAAACUGCGAUUUAUACUGCCCCUUCUCCCGUCACCACUCAGUCAAAUCACGAAUUGAUGGGGGCUUUGUUAUAAUUGAAGGGGUUUGGAAUAUAUUUGGUCUGCAGGCUCAGCUUCAUUGUUCCUGUGGAUGUAUCUUGUCGUCAUUCAAGAAGAAGAUCGGCUUGUGAAUCUGCCCAAAUCCUUUCUGGGUAUUCUCAGGCCGCCUUAUCUGUCUGUUGAGAGAAAGGCUUUCUCACAUUGUGUUCACAGAGAUAGAUGGGAUAAAGAAUUCUUCAAGCUUCAGAGCGGAUAAUAUCAAUUUGUUGCUGUGAGAUUGCUUUUUAAGUUGUUUUGGUUUCGAGCAGUUGUAAGGUGUUGGCUUAUCCAAAAUGAAUCCCUCUCAAGGGUCUACCUUGUCCGCAAAUGUUGCGGGGUUUGUUGAUGGUUCGUCUGCAAAAAGAGAAGUCUCAUACAUUGACAGUCUACCUAUUUAUGUUAAAGAGCUGAUAGCCGGUGGCGCUGCUGGUGCCUUUGCUAAGACUGCUGUUGCACCCUUGGAACGCAUUAAGAUACUCUUGCAGACUAGAACUGAAGGAUUCCAUUCUCUUGGAGUCUUUCAAUCUUUGAAGAAGGUGCUGAAGCAUGAAGGUGUUCGUGGAUUCUAUAAGGGAAAUGGAGCAAGCGUUGUUCGGAUUGUUCCUUAUGCAGCUCUUCAUUUCAUGACAUAUGAGCAAUAUAGAUGUUGGAUCUUGAAUAACUAUCCAGGCUUAGGAGUUGGGCCUCAUAUUGAUCUUUUAGCUGGUUCAAUAGCUGGAGGAACAGCUGUUUUAUGCACAUACCCCUUGGACCUGGCACGAACAAAACUGGCUUACCAGACUACUGACACAAGAAUGAGGAACUCUGGUUUAAGAAGUUAUCAUACUCAACCUGCAUACAAUGGCAUCAAGGACGUUCUAAUGCACGUUUAUAGAGCUGGUGGAGCACGUGGCCUUUAUCGGGGUGUAGGUCCAACACUCACAGGAAUCCUUCCUUAUGCUGGUUUGAAGUUCUACAUUUAUGAAAAACUGAAAAGUCACGUUCCUGAGGAGCAUCAGAGUUCCAUUGUGAUGCGACUUUCUUGCGGAGCUCUGGCUGGAUUAUUGGGGCAGACGUUCACGUAUCCCCUGGACGUUGUUAGAAGACAAAUGCAGGUUGGAGAUAUGCCAUCUUCACUUAAUGGUCAAGUCAGAUUUAGGAAUUCGAUUGAAGGUCUUACGAUGAUUGUUCGUAACCAAGGGUGGAGGCAGUUGUUUGCAGGACUGAGCAUUAACUAUAUUAAGAUUGUUCCUUCUGUGGCCAUCGGAUUUACAGCAUAUGACAGCAUGAAGCUGUGGCUCCGAAUCCCGCCUCGGCAGAAGACACAGUCGAUUUCUUCUGCUGCAUAAACUAAAUCCUCUCUGAUGUUGACGCUCUCUCUAGAAUGCCCUUGUAACUGGUCUUUGCUAAUUAUGAACUACUACUCUCACACAACGUUUUGACUUCCAUGUGUGCUUGAAUCGAUAAUGCUCUUUCUAGUUCACUAUAUUUGGUAUGUUCUUCACUCCCUCCUUGUGGGGAGUAAAAAUGAAAGACUUUCCAUGCUUUAGAUUA